AUGCUGCAAAAGUUGUCAUUUGGUAGCUGGCGGGUCGUCGGCGCGGCGUGCAGUCUACCCAAAACUAGUGCCACCAUCAGAACGUUAUCGGCAACCAUGGAAAAAGGAUCCAACUUCUUUUUUAGACAGUUGUUCGACACAGUGAGCAGUACAUACACGUACUUACUGGGUGAUACCAAGACGGGAGACGCGGUGCUCAUCGACCCCGUGCUGGAACAUGCGGAGAGAGACGCUGCGCUCAUCAAGGAGCUGGGCUUCAAGCUGGUUUAUGCACUGAACACCCACAUGCACGCAGACCAUAUAACAGGCACGGGCAAGCUGAAGUCCAUACUUCCCGACACGAAGAGUGUGAUCGGCAAGGCGUCAGGUGCUGCAGCCGACGUGCACCUCGUGGACGGUGACGUGGUCACCUUCGGAGAACACAAGCUGUUGGCUUCAGCCACUCCCGGACAUACCAAUGGAUGCUUAACUUAUAUCUGCCAUGAGAAGGGCAUGGCGUUCACAGGCGACACUCUUCUUAUCCGGGGCUGUGGCAGAACAGACUUCCAAGAAGGCUCAGCUCAAACUCUGUACAACUCGGUACACAACCGUAUCUUCACGCUACCCGACCACUACCUCCUGUACCCGGCACACGACUACCGAGGGCAAACUGCCACCACGGUGUGGGAGGAAAAGAAAUACAACCCCAGGCUAACCAAACCGUUGAAGGAGUUCAUCCAUAUCAUGGACAACCUGAACUUGCCUUACCCGAAAAUGAUCGACAAAGCCGUGCCCGCGAACAGAGUCUGCGGAAUACAUUACUAA